CCGGAAGUAGUAUUAGUAUCGCUAUUGCCAUAGAGACAUUAUUACUCUUGACAGAUGGAUAAAAGUUGAAAAUAUCACUAUUUUAGCUUAAUCUGGACAGAAGCAGGAAUUUAAAUUCUGUCUGAAAGUAAAAGCCUGCAUAACCAACACGAUGAGUGCAACAACGAUAACAAGUGUGACUACAUCAGAGGCACCAUCCCAGGUGCCCACAACAGUCCAAGAAACCGUUCCAGAGGAAAUACCAGAGCCUAGUGAUGCUGCCGUCAAAUUUUUGGACAGCAUAGUUCCGGAAGAGGACUUUAAAUACUUGAUGUUUGACGACAGCCUAUUGACAACUUCAUCGGACACCUACACCAGUGGUUCAAAACAAGGGAGAGAACUGGGAGAAUUUACAGUGUCUGUUGAGCCAACACGUCACAAACAGCAAGACUGUUAUCUCAUACAUGCAAACAGUCAUGGCUCUAUAGAUGGUGUCCCCUGUGGCACGUCCAUAACAGCGUAUGUCGGACAAAAUCUGGAGACCAUUGAACAACAACAUCAUGAAUAUGUAAAGCUUGAAAAUUGUCCCCUGGACAGGAAAACAUUUAUAGUGAAACAAGAGGACUGUUAUGUUGUGAACCGGGUAAUUACACAAGGAGAGGAUAUUCAAAGAUCAGCUAGGAGCAUUGAAUUAUCAAAGAUGCGUGGAUUUAUAUCUGAGGGAUCCAAUUUACUGCUACAUAGACUUUUGAUUGAGAAAAACUUUCACUCUGAAGAUUUCCAACUACUGUCGUUUGAUUCAGACACAAAUAUAUGUGCAGUUAUAUAUCGUCCCUUAGAGGAUCGGACACAGACGGUUGACGGGACUGAAAUUCGUGUGUACGGGAUUGAGAGGACGAUCAACUCGGUCGUGGACCUCCCUACAACAUGGCAGUCAUAUUUUAUGCAGGACGGACAUUUAACAAAUCGUGUGCAGGUGGGAUCUCCUGUGACAAUGAAACUGGCCAGAGUACCAAACCUUAUUAUGAGAGAUGAAGAACCACCUAAGCCAACAUUUGAGAAGCGAUCAUUACAGUGGGAUGAAGAUAUGCAGCUUUAUUCAAAGUUCCUUGACAGGAAGGACGAAUUAAAAGCUGACCAUGGGACUUAUGUUCGCCAUCAUCCUGAACUUAAAAAUCUACUCGCAGAUUUUCUCCAGUUCUUACUUCUCCGGAAACCAGAUGAUGUUGUACAAUUUGCUGCUGAAUAUUUCUCUGCAUUUUCUCCUGGAAUGCCUGAUGCUACACCUUACUUAGCUUCCAAUGCUCCAACACCUUUCCCAGCCAGUAGGACCAACACAAAAAUUGACCAGCUUCGAGCACCAACGCGAUAAUGUCCAUUUUGGACAUCUGACCUUUGUUUAUUUGUUAUCAUCACCUGCAUGAAGAAGUCUGACAGAAGGAUGUUUCUUUUUGAAAACUGAUGUCCGUUUUGUCUUCAGUCUCAAGGACUUUUUAAUGAGGGUUGUUUUUCAAAAAAGAUUCCCAUGGAAAUUUUCCAAUACUUUGGGUUGAAUAUUUAUAUUAUGAAUUGCAGAACCUUACUACAGUAAGAUUUAUUAAUUUGUAAUAUGUGUACGUUGUGAUUUUCUCAUAACAUUUAAUCUGGAUAUUCUAUAUUGAUAAAAUCCUGAAUUAAAAAUUCCAGAUCCUUAAAAUCAAAUAUUGUAUUUCUGAAGUAUUGGAAAUAGACUUUUCCAAACUAUCUUGAAAUAGUUUGUCGUUUAUACAAUGUCAUUUAUACAAAUUCAACCAACCAGUGUAUCUUGAUAAAUUCAAACUGCUUGAAAUUUUGAUAUUUAUAGACAAAUAUAUUACUUUCUCAUCGGAAUAAAAUCAACAGAUUUUUGCAAGCAGUUCUAUCAAUUACACAGCUAACACAUCUAAAAGCAUGUUUUAUUUAAUUCUUCAGUGAUCAGACAGUAUUGAAAUUCUGUAAAGAUUCAAAGAGGUUGAAUAUUUUGAAUUUACGAGCAAGAAGUUCAGUUGAAUCUGUUUUAGAAAUUUAGGUAUUUUUAGUAGCAAUAAGAAUUGAAUAUUGCAUUGUGCUGAAACUGCUGUUAUAUAGUUGUUGUUUUCAUAAAAUAUUCUAUUGACCAAUGAAGAUGUUGUACCUGUAUACAUAGUUUAUGUAUAGAUAUUUUAAAAUCAAAUUUAGUUUUAAUAUGAAACAAUUAUCUUCAACAUCAACCCCGUCCUUGCAUGUUUGUUAUACCAUGACUUACUUAAGUCUGGUUUUACAUCAUUAUUUACAGUUUAAAUAAUACAAAAUAGUGAACUUUUCUACUGUGAAGUCUUUAUUUUUUGCAGAUCUAUUUUUUCUUUGACAUUUUUUCAUGCCAAAAAUUUAAAGAAAUUCAUGCAUGUCAUCUCAUACGCAUAUGCUUAGUUAUUAUUUUUAGCCUUUAAAUUACAGAGUACAAAUCACCAGUGCAUAACAGUAAUCAAACUAUAUAUAAUACUUAUAUAUUUUUGUUUAAUCAAUUUCAUUAAAGCCAAAUAAAGAUUGAAUGACUUUCUGAUGAAAUGUAGUCUUUAUCAGAAAACCUUAAUUUUACAUUACUUGAACUUCCUUUUCUAAAAAAAGAAUUAAAAAAAAAAAAUAAAUAGCAAAGCUGCAAAAAAAAA